AUGAAUCAAGGCAGUUUAUCUGGAGUUAAAAUUGAGAACAGUGGACCAGCCACUGGAAAUCAUUCACCAAUGGCUUCAUAUGGUAAUGCUCAUCAAGGAUAUGGGAAUGUUCUACACCCUGAGAUAAUUGACAUCAAGGGAUUGGAAUCAGAAUUGGGAAAGCUGAAUCAAUCGGAUUUUCCUACCAUCUGCAAACUUGUCAAGCAGGAAUUACAACGAAUCAAGACUGGCGAGCGAGAUGUUCCUCGCUUCUUAGAUGUAAGAAGUGUUCGAGAUACUAAAGCCAUUGUGAAGGUAUAUCUUCCUGCCGAUGAAUUUCCACAUGUCAAUUUUGCUGGGAAGUUGCUGGGUCCUAAAGGAACAACUCUGAAACGUCUCCAAGAGGAAACAAUGACCAAAAUGGCAGUGUGUGGUCGAGGGUCUAUGCGUAAUAACAAGGCAAAGGAAGAUGAACUGAGGAGGACUGGUGAUAAUAAAUUUGCCCAUUUGAAUGAUCCUUUGCAUGUUUCCGUCAUGGCUUAUGCUCCACCCGUAGAGGCAUAUGCCCGCAUUGCAUAUGCAUUGGCUGAACUGGCUCCUUUCAUGUAUCCAGAGCCAGGAGAAAUGAUGAUGAUGCAGAAACCACCAGGAAUGAUGAAUCAGGGUGGUCCACCACGAAUGAUGGGUCCACGACCGAUGGGACCUGGUCCUAUGCCUCAGCAUCCACAAGGGCCUGGUUUUGGGAUGGGUAUGCCCAAUCCCGGGCCAGGACUUGUUGGACCAAGGCCAGUGAAUCCAAUGAUGUCACAAAGGCCACCACCUCCUGCACCAAUGAACCACAUGGGCAUGGGCCCUGGGGCAGGCAUGCCUAAUCCCAUUCGACCAGGUGGGUAUGAAUAUGCUCCAAAUGCAUCUUACAUGGGCUCUGGGUAUGGUGAAGGAUAUGGAAUGGAGGCUGAUGGUACUGGAAGAGGAAUGAAGGUUCCAUCCUCAGUUGUUCCAAACUUCAGGAUGAAUCCCUACUGAUGUCAGUGUGAGUUGACUGACAUUUGUAUGUGUGAACAUAACCUCUGCACAUUUUUUCAUUUACUCUUGAGCCUUCCUGAUCAGAUUCAGCAUUUCAAUAUGUCUCUCCUCUGAGCAUUCCCAGAUUUACAAUAUAUUAGUUUUCCUUUUGCUGUUUUGCCACACUUGUGACAUCACUUUCUAAAUCCAUAGCAAUAGAAACAUGACUGGUAUUGUUACAGUGACUGGUAUUGUUAUGGCUUCUUUCUGCUCUAUAUAGGAAAAUCAACUUUUUUUUCAUGUUGUUCUUGUGAACUUCACUGUAAUAAAUGAAUCC